AUGAAACCUUCCUGGCAGAUCACUGUGACAAUAUCUCUAUGCACUAUCUACUUGCUUGCGAGGUGGCUAGCACCCAAAGAGGUAGAGGACGAUAGAGACAAGAGGAAGAAGAAGCAGCUGGAGCCCUUGGUGAAGGGCAAGGCGUACACCAAGGACGAGCUCUUCAAGUACAAUGGCUCGAACCCAUUGAAGCCCAUCCUCAUCGGCAUCAAGGGAAAUGUGUACGACGUGACUAAGGGAGGAGGAUUCUACGGCCCUGGGGGACCGUACGCUGCGUUUGCUGGUAGAGAUGCAUCGCGCAUGCUCGGGAAGGCACAAGUGAAGCCAGAUGAAAAGGAUCCUUCCAUUGAUGACUUCACCCCGAGCGAGAUCUCAAGCUUGAACGACUGGGAGAGCUUCUUCUCUGGCAAAUAUGAGCUCGUCGGGACCCUCAAGUAG